AUGGAUAAGGCUGUCGUUUCUAUCUUUAAAUUGAUCAAGGCUCCAAUCUAUUCACAUUGUUUAUCCCAAGAUAAGUCAUUAUUGGCUAUCACUUGUGAAAAUAAAUGUCUUAUCUAUAAAAUUAAUCCAGCUUCAAAAACCCCACAAUUAGUAGCAACUCUGGAUAACCACGAUAAGACUGUUACAGCAGUUGAUAUCUCUAUUCAUGGUAGAAUUGUGACCUGUUCUCAAGAUAGAAAUGCCUAUGUUUGGGAACCAUUAAGUGAUGGUACUUAUAGACCAACUUUAGUGUUAUUACGUAUUAAUAGAGCUGCUACAUGUGUCUCAUGGGCACCAAACGGUUAUAAGUUUGCUGUUGGUUCCAGUGCUCGUAUCAUUGCAGUCUGUUAUUAUGAACAAGAAAAUAAUUGGUGGGUCUCUAAACACAUCAAAAAACCUAUCAAAUCCACUAUCAACAGCUUAUCAUGGCACUAUAAUGGUGUUUUAUUAGCAUCCGGUGGUACAGAUGGUUUUAUGAGAAUCUUUUCAGGUUUCAUUAAGGGACUAGAUUCAAAGGAAAUCAUGGCUAAUUCUCCAUGGGGUUCUAAAUUUCCAUUUGGUACAUUGGUUCGAGAACAAUAUUGUGGUGGUGCUUAUAUUCACGAUGUGCAAUGGCGUAGCAAUGUUGAAAAAGUAGCAUUUGUUACACAUGAUGGUACUUUAAACAUUUUGGAUUACCAAGGUACCUUACAAUCUGUUAAUUCUCCAGAUGGUUUACCAUACAAAUCUUUACUAUGGGUUAAUGACCAUGAAAUCUUAUGUGCUGGUUAUAAUUGCCAUCCUACCAUGUUCUCAGAAUCGUCACAAGGCUGGAAGUUUUCUAGAGAUUAUGACAAAGUUGCUGUGUCUAAUAUACUCAAGGAUUCUUCCAACAAUUUGAAUACUAAUCCAUCUAAUCAGCAAUUUAAUAACUCUCUAAAUAAUGACAAUGCCAAUGAUGAUGAGAAUCCUACUUUUGGUAUCUCAGCUUUAAAGAAAUUUAAAGAAUUAGAUUUAAAGGGUAAAGUUUCUUUGGAACAAAAAGAAGGUGCUCAUGAAAAUACUAUUGUGGGAUUAAUUCCAUUUGUUGAAUCUAAUGGUCAAAUCACACAAGUCUCUUCAUGUGGUUUAGAUGGGAAAGUUGUGAUCUACAAUAUUUGA